UAAAUGAAUAAGUGAACCAUACAUAUUGUCAACAUGGGACGGAGAUCAACAUCAUCCACCAAGAGUGGAAAAUUUAUGAACCCUACAGACCAAGCCCGAAAGGAAGCCCGGAAGAGAGAAUUUAAAAAGAACAAAAAACAGCAUAUGAUGGUAGGAGCUGCAGUUUUGAAGAUGAAAGACCCCAAACAGAUUAUCCGGGACCUGGAGAAAUUGUAUGAAAUGGAGUUUAACCCAGUGCAACAACCACAGUUAAAUGAGAAAGUACUGAAAGACAAACGUAAAAAGCUGCGUGAAACUUUUGAACGUAUUCUGCGACUUUAUGAAAAAGAGAAUCCAGAUAUUUACAAAGAAUUGAGAAAGCUAGAAGUAGAAUAUGAACAGAAGAGGGCUCAACUUAGCCAAUAUUUUGAUGCUGUCAAGAAUGCUCAGCAUGUGGAAGUAGAGAGUAUUCUUUUGCCAGAUAUGCCGAAUGUUCCUUCCAACAUCUUCAUCCAGGACAUUCCACUUCCUGGUGCCCAGCCACCCUCCAUCCUAAAGAAGACCUCAGCCUAUGGACCCCCAACUCGUGCAGUUUCUAUCCUUCCUCUUCUUGGACAUGGUGUUCCACAUUCCCCUGGCAGAAAACCUUCUGGCCCUCCACCUGGUCCACCUCCUCCCCAAGUCAUGCAGAUGUAUGGCCGUAAAGUGGGCUUUGCUCUAGAUCUUCCCCCUCGUAGGCAAGAUGAAGACAUGUUGCAUAGUCCAGAACUUGCUCAAUGGGGUCAUGAUGAUGAUGUGUCCAGUACUAGUGAAGAUGAUGGCUAUCCUGAGGACAUGGAUCAGGAUAAGCACGAUGACAGUGACACUGACAGAUUGGAUGGAGAAAGUGAGGGGGAUGAAUUUGUGCACCGUGAUGAUACUGAGAGAGACAAUAAUGAAGAAAAAAAGUCAGGUCUGAGUGUACGAUUUGCAGAUAUGCCUGGAAAAUCAAGGAAGAAAAAGAAGAACAUGAAGGAGCUGACUCCUCUUCAAGCCAUGAUGCUUCGAAUGGCCGGUCAGGAAAUCCCAGAGGAAGGACGGGAAGUAGAGGAAUUUUCAGAGGAUGAUGAUGAAGAUGAUUCUGAUGAUUCUGAAGCAGAAAAACAAUCACAAAAACAGCAUAAAGAGGACCUUCAUUCUGAUGGCACUUCUACUGCUUCUUCACAGCAGCAGGCUCCCCCGCAGUCUGUUCCUCCUUCUCAGAUAUAAGCAACUCCCAUGCCAGGACCACCUCCUCUUGGACCACCACCUGCUCCACCUUUACAACCUCCUGGGCCACCCACGGGCCUUCCUCCUGGACCACCUCCAGGGUCAUCCUUAAUAGCAUUUAAAUUAUAUUGGUUCUUGUGUUCAUCCUGCCUGUUUUGUUUUGUUGUUUUAGGCAUCCCUCCACCUCGCCCUGGCAUGAUGCGCCCACCUUUGGUGCCUCCACUUGGACCUGCCCCACCUGGGCUUUUCCCACCGGCUCCCUUGCCGAAUCCAGGGGUGUUGAGUGCCCCACCCAACUUGAUUCAGCGACCCAAGGCGGAUGAUACAAGUGCAGCCACCAUUGAGAAGAAAGCCACAGCAACCAUCAGUGCCAAGCCACAGAUCACUAAUCCUAAGGCAGAGAUUACUCGAUUUGUGCCCACUGCACUGAGGGUUCGUCGGGAGAAUAAAGGGGCUACUGCUACUCCCCAAAGAAAGUCAGAGGAUGAUUCUGCUGUGCCUCUUGCCAAAGCAGCCCCCAAAUCUGGUCCUUCUGUCCCUGUUUCAGUACAAACUAAGGAUGAUGUUUAUGAAGCUUUCAUGAAAGAAAUGGAAGGGCUGCUGUGACAGCUUUUGAUGUCAGAACAGGCUUCUGUUCACUACAGUGGUUCGUGGAGCAAGAGGCUCUUAUUAAACUUAGGUGAAAGAGCUA